AUGGUCGGGGUCCCCCAUAGUACUGGGUGUGCACUCUGUCGCGAGAGACAUAUCAAAUGCGACGAGGCGGUUCCGGAAUGCACGCAAUGUCAGCGAUAUGGUCGCACCUGCCCGGGUUAUCGCCGUGUCUUUCGUUUUCAGGAUGAGGGGCCAAAUCUCAAACGCCGCCAUCGCUCCACUGCACGCGGUCGAGGCCGCGGCCGCGGAGCCCCAAAGGGCCCUAGCACACCGGGCCCGAGCACACCGGGGACGAGCAACACACCUCCUGCUUCGAUCACAUCGCAAACUGACCCUUCCAGCGCGGCCAAACCGUCCACGGGUGCUGCGGCGAUCGUGCGCGCCAAUGCCAUUGCCCUGAUGCGCCGGCACUCCGCCGGAGUCACGCUGGACGAAAAUGUCACCCCGUCGCUGGUGCGCAAGACGUUUCGCGCGGCACAGCCUCAAUUGUUCCUGGACUUCAUCAGCGCCUCAUUUCCCACAUUAUACUUCCACAAUCGAUUUCGAGCGGGCAAUGAGCCAGGAUUUGCGGAGUUCAUCGUGUUGAAUUUUGGCCAGGAUGCGUAUCUUGAUACGGCGAUCUGCUGUCUGAGCUCGGUAUAUUUGGCCCAUUUAACUCAAGAUCCCGUGUUGAUGCGGACAAGUCGACGCAUGUAUGGACUUUCGCUCAAUGAGCUGAUUCGUUCGUUGUCCCGCAAUGAGCAUGCGCUAUCAGAUAAUAUGGUGUGCACGGCGAUGAUGCUCAGCGUUUACGAGAUGUACGCCCGCACCAGCCCCGAUGCUUGGGUGGUUCAUUCCGACGCAGUGAGGAGGCUGAUGGAAAGUCGCGGGCCGGCUCUCCAUGAAUCUGGGUUUGGGCGAUCAUGCUGGAUUGCGUUUCGAGGCUUCCAUAUCGCGACCGCCGUCUAUCAGGGGAAACCAUGUUUUUUGGACCAGGAUGAGUGGCGAGACUAUACGAUGCGGAUCAUGACGGAAGAUGCAGAGAAGCCUGGUGAAUGGUCUGCGUAUGCGAUCAUUUCAGAUAAAGUUUUUAUGGAAAUUGCCAAAUGUCCGCGAUUUCUCAGCGAGACCCGGCAAAUCGUCGCGGAUUCGACGAACACGGAACGAGAUACCGUGGAGGCGCUGUUGCGGCGCAUUCAGGAUACGACUACUAAGCUCCAUACAUUAACCGCAGAGCUGCGUCUUUGCAUCACUGCCCACGGUCAGCGACAACAGGGCAUUGUUCGCCGCCCUAAUACCUUUGUCGGCCCCGUACCGGAAAUCUUCCCCGAAACGGGUCCCUCACUUCUCCUUCGCGGUGCCGAGAAUGUCCUGGACACUUUGGCCCAGCUGCAGGACCGGCUGGAAGAUACUCUUCGGAUUCGGGUGAUUGAGGAGCUCUCGCCCGAGUCGAUCUGGGAAACUUCGGCCAGCGAGGGAAGCGCGAGUUCUGUCUCCCCGCCGCCCUCUUCCCUGGCUGGGAGUCGCGCAAGGACAUUCACGUUGCCCUUCCGCAUUUCUUCGGAACUUGGUCGGGGGCCUUCCCAGACGUCUGACCGGGACGAUCCGCGUGCAGUGAUUUGGCUGGAUCGUGUGGCGUCGUCAAUGGGUAUGUUGGGCACAAAGAUUUUGGAGACGGACUCGGUGACUGGUGACGUGGAGGAUGAGAACUCUCCUCCCGAACAGUUAUCUCCUCCAUGA